AUGGAACCGUCAUCUAUUACGAAAUGGGAAGAUUACACUCAUCAGAUGGGGUUGAAGUUUGGGGCUAAAAUUCAUGGAUCUGGUAUGGAGAACGAACCUAGGGAGACUGAUGCAACCCCUCUGAUUGACACAAAAAGGCCACGCCACAGGAUAUGCAAGUUAAGAGGAACUAGUGGCAAAGAGAUCCCAAAACUAGAAAAAUCUCACUUGAGAUUUGGUCCACUUUACUGCAACGAGGAGUCCUCGGACUCGAGUCUUAAGGAUGAGGCUUGGCGGCAUUUGCUGAAAAACUCCCCUGACAGGGCAGCGGUGACCAUUGAAAUUCACUUGUCAGAAAUGAGAAAGAUAGAAAAAGAGGCAAGAGCUACUUAUGAAGAUCGAUUGGUGGAUCUUUUGUCGGGACCUGAGUUUCGAUGGAUGAUGAUUAAAGAUGGUUGUUUAUUCCUGCAACUCGUGUUGUAUGUUCUUGGGGGUGCCCAACAACUAGGCUAUCCUCCUGGCCGUAGCAUAUUCGGUCCAGAGAAAAAUAACAAGUACAAUGAUAUUGAAAAAUGGAUUGAGGCCAUUUUCUUCGUUGGAAACCAAAUUCCACUCAUAGUGCUCAAGGAAUUAAUGAAGCAAAGCUACUUCAGGAAUGUCAUAGGAAAGGGGGAAUGGGAGCUACCAUCAGAUCUGUGUAGGAUAGCUUUGUAUGAAUUGUUAUUAUUGCCUGCACGAGAAACUCACCCCCCUAGAACAUUACCGCAAAGGUUUUCUAAGAAGGUAUUUGCAAGAGCUAAUUGGCUCCAAAAGCAGCAGCCUUCUGAUUUGCUCCAUGGCCUGCAGUUGCUGAUACUCGGGCCAAAAUGUGAAGGAGAAGAGGAGGAAGAAGAAGAAGAGAAGGAUUUGGAAGGUCAGCACGAGCUAAGUAAUUUACAGGAUGCUGCCAAUAUUGAUGAUAAAAUAUCUUCGUCAGCCACAGAAUUGAGAAAAGCGGGUAUACAUUUUAGGCCUCUAAGUUGCGGGAAUGGAAGCAGAGGAAUCUAUUUCACAAAGAGUGUGUGGAGUUGCAAGGCAUAUCCGAUUCUUUACUUGCCUCCUUUCUUGGUAGGAGAUGACACAGAGUUGAUAUUUCAAAAUCUCACACACUAUGAGAUCAGUCAAAAACUUGACAAAAGAAAACAGGAGGUUAGCGCCUAUUUGUUGUUUAUGAGCGAGCUGAUACGUACGCCUGAUGAUGCCAAACUCUUUGACUCCAAUGGAAUCAUUCAAGGGGAUUAUCUUAAACACAAAUUAAAGCUGCCAGGAAUCUUAAGAAGACUAGCUCCCGAGGAAAGCUAUAAUCAAAACCUUCGCCAUGUAAAACUUCAAAUUAGUGACUACUCACCACCACUUUGGAGAAAAUACUGGCAAAUUGCUAGUAUUGCCUUGAUUGUAACAGUACUGCAAACUGUUUACACCAUUCUACCAUAUUACAAAAAAAAGGGUAGUUCAUGA